AUGCUUGAAAUUGCGAAACAUAUCGGCCAUCUUCCCAUACUCGACACGAUGCGAUUGGAACCGCUGUGCUAUUUGUCUGCCCUAGCGGUGCUGCUCCUGCACCAGAGCUCCGCGUUCGCCCCCCACAGCCUCUCCCGAACAGCUCGAAGUCCCCCCUUAGGCGCAUGCCCCCGUCAACAGCAGCACUUAUGUAGCCGGCGGCAAGGGGCCACGGCGCCGGCGCCCGCAGGCCUUUUCGACCGGGGGGGUGCCUCGAGAGCGCUAGGGGGCGUGGCAGGGUCGAUGCGCAGGAGAUGGCAGCACGAAGGGUCUUUGAAGCUGCACAUGCUUGACCCGGGUACGGCGGUGGGGGCGCUAUCCACCGCUGUGGCGGCCGGCGGCGGGGGGGCCGAUGGCGCUGUCUCCGCUUGGUCGGUCACGUCCAUCACCAGCGACUUUGCCGCGGAGCUGUUCCAGGCGUCGCUGUUACCGUACCUGGCGUUCCUAUGGCUCUUAAGCAGGAAGGAGACCAAGACGCCCGAAGGGGGCACGUUUGGAUUCGCCUUCCUCCUCGUCUUUGUCGUCGCCACCAUUCCGGCCGGAAUCUACGCCAAGACGGAGUACAACGAGAUCCUGGCCAACGUGGACUACCUUCACGGCAUUGCGGAGUCGUUCCUAACCCUCACCAACCUUUUCAUCGUUUCGGCCUUCCGUAAGGCGGUCGUCGGCAAACAGCCGGCCGCGGGCGGAGCUGGAACCACCGUGUUGAGGAGCAGCACGGCGGCGGCGGCAGUGGCAGCCCUCGCAGCAGCACCGAUGAUGCUCGCCGCGGCACACGCGGAACCGGGGAACGCGCUGUCUUUCCCGACUUGGAUGGUGCACGUGUCGAGCUUGAUCGAGUGGCUCGCCGCCAUGACCUACGUUUGGAGGUUCGCGGACGUGUCCGGCCUUAAGGAGUGGAAGGGGCUAACGUGGGGCAUGCUGCCCCUACACACAAGCGGUCUGAUCGCUUGCACGUACCACAUCUUCUACAACGCCCCCGAGCUUAUCUCGCUUGUAGCGAUGCAGGCGGGGCUGACGUGCUUCGGGAACGCUACGAUGGCCUUCGCCACGUGGAGAGUCUGGCAGGCGGGGAAGCAGGAGUGGAGGGGAGACGAGGUAGAGGAGGCGGAAGCGGCGGCGGCGGCGGCGGCGGCUGCGGCCAGGAAGGGGGAGGCUUCAUCGUCCCUUCGUGACGAUGUUCCCUUCUACGGCCAGCUCCUGGCGAUCACGGUGGUCGGAGCGGCGCUGGUCAAGUGGGGGGAGCUCUACCUCGACUUCCCGUUCGAACCGUCGUACGCCGCGGCCGCCGCGUUAAUCCUUGGGCCAACCGCCCUCAACGCCAAGAAGUGGGCGGAUAGGAGCAAGGAUCCCUCCGCUGCGAUCGAGGGCAUCAUCUGAUCAGGGGGGUUUGCCCUCAACGCUAGGAAAGAGGGUAGAUAGGUGCAAUGAACGCUCGGUUGCAAUCGAAAGCGCCAUCUGCUCGUGCGAGGGGGGGCAUGCCCUCAAUGCCUUUCAAGUGGGCAGACAAGAGCAAAGAUCCCUCAGCUCGAAUCGAAAACAUCAUCUGAUAGGGGCCAAACCGUGUUUUCGCAUCCAGUGUCUCACACCAUGCAGUUCACGUUUGUCAACGUUGAUGUUGUGUUUUGUGUGGGUGACCGUAGGCGUAAACCUGUGGUUCCACACGAUCGGCGUUGUAUGUAACCGUCGCGGUGUAUAUCGGAACGAAUGCCUCCAUUAGAAACCCACACGUCUGGUCGCGGACUGGACUGAAUUGGGUUGGACGGUGUACGGGUAUAUCGAAUCACAUGAUUCUGACGACCGAUUGACGGGAUGGAGUCGACGUUUGACGACGCGCGCCACCGUAUGACCUCCUCAUCUAUGAAGAAGCUGCCCCAGCUGCAGUCGAGAGCAUCGUUGUGCAUGGGGCACAAAAUUAUUCUCUCCAGUCGUGCCUUGAGGGCCGCGAAGCUUCGUUCGGUCGGAAAGGUUGAUUUGUGUCUCAAGCGAGGAGGACUGGUGAGGCCUUGCCUCCAGAUUCGGGUUUUUGUCCCAAAGCCCUGCGAAAAAGGCGGAGUGAUGAGCGCGAACGCCAACACGGGGGGCGGUUCUGCUGGGGGUGACGUUAGCCUAGACUUGAAAUUUUGUAUUGAGGGCAUGUAGACUUGGGCAGGAGAGGUCACAACUCGGAGCGGAGCAUAUUCCUCAUUUCGCCAUCGGAACCACGAUCAUGUGAGACGGAACCCCUUGUUGUGUCCACCAUACGUUUACACAGGAUCUGUUGUAGUCGAAUUUUAAUGUUUCUUGGUUGACACGACGGAUAUCUUGCC